GCAGGGUAAUGGCGCCGCUGCGGGAUUGCAAGGCCUGGCAGGAUGCUGGACUUAUCCUUUCCACCACUAGCAACGAAGCCUGUAAACUAUUUGAUGCUGCCUUGACCCAGUAUGCAACCUGGACCAAUAAUGAGACUCUAGGAGGUAUUGAGGGCUGUCUCUCCAAGUUAAAAGCAGCAGAUCCAAGUUUUACAAUGGGACAUGUCAUCGCUAAUGGAUUGGAGCUGAUUGGCACUGGAAGUUCAGUGCGGCUCAACAAAGAGCUGGACAGUGCAAUGAGAACAAUGAUGACACUGGCAAAAUCACAGGCACUGACUGAGCGGGAGAAGCUCCAUGUAUGUGCACUGGAUAUGUUUGCCAAGGGCCAUCUUCCAAAAGCUUGUGACCUAUGGGAAGAGAUUCUGCAGAGCCACCCCACGGACCUGCUAGCCCUCAAAUUUUCCCAGGAUACUUAUUUCUACCUUGGAUAUCAAAUACAGAUGCGAGAUUCUGUUGCCCGGGUGUAUCCUUUCUGGACACCUGAUGUUCCUCUCAGCAGCUAUGUGAAGGGCUACUAUGCAUUUGGACUGAUGGAGACCAACUUUUUUGACCGUGCUGAAGAGCUUGCCUGUGAGGCCUUGGCUGUGAAUAAGACAGAUGCCUGGUCUGUUCAUACUAUAGCUCACAUAAUUGAAAUGAAAGCGGAGGUGGAGAAGGGAUUAUCAUUUAUGGCAGAAACGGAAACCAACUGGCAGAACAGUGAUAUGCUUGCUUGUCAUAAUUACUGGCACUGGGCUCUGUAUUUUAUCGAAAAGGGUGAAUAUGAGGCUGCUCUGACAAUUUAUGACAAUCAUAUUGCUCCCCGGUGUCUGUCAAGUGGCAGCAUGCUGGAUAUUGUAGAUAACUCUUCUAUGCUGUACCGACUUCACUUGGAAGGUGUAAAACUUGGAAAGAGGUGGGACAAUGUUCUCAAGAUUACAAAGAAGCAUGCUAAAGAUCACGUCCUCCUGUUUAAUGAUGCACACAUCUUGAUGUCCUUCCUUGGAGCCAAAGACCACCAAACUACUGCUGAACUUUUAACAACUCUCCAGGAACUUGCCAAAACCCAUGGUGAAGAACACGAGCUUUCCCUGGCUCCAAGUUUGGGGCUGCCACUGUGCCAGGCUCUGGUGGAGUUUGAAAAUGGAAAUUGUGACAAAGCUGUAGAUCUGCUGUACCCAAUCCGUUACCAGCUAAUCCAAAUAGGAGGCAGUAAUGCUCAGAGAGAUGUUUUCAGCCAGUUACUGAUCCAUGCUGCUUUAAAUUGUAAAUCACAAGCCAAGCAAAACCUUGCUAAGUGAGUAUUCUUCCUG